GCCACAUGAUGCUUCUUCUUACUAAAACUUAUUACUUAUAUAAAUAAAUAAAUAAAUAAAAACCAAACAACACCUUAUUUUCUCUCUCACACACACAAACUCUUUUUCCCUUCUCUUCACUCUUCACUACAGUAACUGAGAUCCACACAACACCAACAUUGUUAACAUUCAUUCAUUACCGACAUUUUAAUUCAAUGUCUGGUAUUGAAGAAGUUGUUGUUGUUGAUAUGGAGAACUCAGAAGAAGAAAGAAUAAGAAGAUCAAGAAUUAGAAGAUUAAAGAAAAAAGCUAUAAAUGCUUCAUGUAGAUUCACUCAUUCACUUAAGAAAACAAGAGGGAAUAGAAAAAUUGAUUAUAGGUUUCCAAUUGAAGAUGUUAGAGAUGAACAAGAGGAAUCAGCUGUUUUUCAAUUGCGUCAUAGGUUGAUUCAUAUGCCUCCUAAUCAUGAUCAUUAUCAUACAUUGUUAAGGUUUUUGAAAGCUAGGGAUUUUAACAUUGAGAAGACUAUUCAGAUGUGGGAAGAAAUGGUUAUUUGGAGAAAACAAUAUGGAACUGAUACCAUCCUUCAGGAUUUUGACUUUGAAGAGCUAGAAGAAGUAUUGCAGUAUUACCCCCAAGGUUACCAUGGAGUCGAUAAGGAAGGUCACCCAGUUUACAUCGAGAGGCUUGGGAAAGCUUAUCCUAGCCGCUUAAUGCGCAUAACCACAAUGGAUCGAUAUUUAAAAUACCAUGUCCAGGAGUUCGAGAGGGCCCUGCAUGAGAAAUUUCCAGCGUGUUCUAUCUCAUCGAAGAGAUGGAUUUCUUCAACCACAACUAUAUUAGAUGUACAUGGCUUGGGAAUGAAGAAUUUCUCGCCUACUGCUGCAAAUCUGUUGGCUGCUAUCACAAAAAUUGAUAACAGUUACUAUCCUGAGACAUUACAUCGAAUGUAUAUCGUCAAUGCUGGUCCCGGCUUUAGGAAGAUGCUUUGGCCUGCUGCUCAGAAGUUCCUUGAUGCGAAAACUAUUGCAAAGAUACAGGUUCUUGAACCAAAGUCUUUAUCUAAAUUACAUGAUAUCAUUGACUCUAGUCAGUUGCCGGAUUUUUUGGGUGGCUCAUGUAAAUGUCCAGGAGAAGGUGGAUGUCUUAGGUCUAGCAAAGGUCCAUGGAAUGAUCCUAGUAUAAUGAAGUUUGUUGGUAAUGUGGAGGAAACAUUUGUGAGACAAAUCCUUAAAGUUUCCAAUGAACAGCAGAAAAUUGACCAUUUUCAAACACACCUACAAAAGGAACGAAGCAGCGAUAUGCCAACAGCAGAAUUUUGGUCAGAAAUCACUGAAUCUUGCUCGCCGAUUAGACAAAGGAAACUUACUCUUCCUAGUUUAGCCUCUUCUCAUGAAGAAGUCAGGGUAUCAGAUAGCCAUCACAGUUGUAAUGAUAAUACUUCUACAGAAAAAAUGCUCAAAAGUGAUCAAUUUCAAUUUGCUCGGGAACGAUCAUUGCAAAACGGUGAUACGGGGAACACUACUUCAUUUACUUGUAGAGAAAAUUCCAAAGGCACGUCAGUCAGAAAUUGGUUCGGCUUAGUUAAGGAAAAAGUGGGGAGAACAAAUUUCUUAUCUGCGUCAAGCAUGUUGAUAUAUCUUUUUCAAAGAUUAGAUAUAUUCUUCCACAGUUUAAAAUUAGAAUUUUGGAGAACAAGUAACGAUAUUGUGGUGGAACAUAACAUCAGUAACCAUACAGAAGAUGUCGAAACACAGUCCAAAGAGGAUCAUAUUCUUCCAUGUAUACAACAACGUCUUCAAAGAUUAGAAAAAGCGUUUACGGAACUUAGCCAUAGACCAGCUGAUAUACCUAUUGAGAAGGAGAAAAUGCUUAUGAGCUCUUUGGAUAGGAUUAAAUCUGUCGAGUUCGACCUUGAAAAUACUAAGAGGGUGCUACAUGAUACAGUGAUGAAACAAGUUGAGAUUACUCAGUUACUGGAGAAUUUGAAGACAUCAAAAUAUAAACAAAGAAGAGUGUUCUGUUGAGGAAGAGUAAUUGUUAAUGUUAAAUGCAAACUCAAGUAUUGGACCCCUAAAAGGAUGAGACUGAGGAUUACACAGUUCAAUUAAUAUGAGUUGCUGUCAAUAGAGAGACAAGGGGAUGAGACAGUCCUGUUUGUUUUAUUGUACAUACAGUGUAGCGUUUUUACCCCUUCAAAAUGUUUUACCUCAUUUUUCAUAGUAAAUGCAACAUUUUCAGAAUUCAGAUACAGUUUGAUAAGAUGGUCUUCUAUUUAGUUUUGGACAGUGCCGGGAGGAAUCUGUUAAUUUAACACAACAAAAACUAAAUUACAAUGUUUUUAUGGA